AACUCCUAGAUAUUUCUCACAUGAUUGCUGUGGAUUCUCAAACAAUAUCGUCGCGGAUCUCAUAACGCGUGCCCUUGAAAUUUAAAAAACAUCGAUAAGUAAAGUAAAUUUAAUGAGUUGUGAUAUAUAAUAUAUACCGCUAAUUGCAAGGAAAAUAAUCAUUUUGUUUUUGGAAAGACAGUAGUCAAGAUCGGCAUUGAAGAAGGCAAAAUGAGUCACACCGCAGAGAAAUUAAAAAUCGUGUCUUUGGCUGUCAAGGAUAUGAGAUUUCCCACAUCCUUACAAGCAGAUGGAUCCGAUGCUAUGCACACUGACCCCGAUUACUCCUGCGCGUACGUCACUAUAAAACUUCAGUCAGGACUGGAAGGUCACGGUUUGACAUUCACAUGCGGAAGAGGUACGGAAGUUGUCGUAGCGGCUAUCGAAUCGUUGAGUCCCUUGGUCAUUGGCCAAGUCGUGACUGACAUCUACAAGGAAUUUGGAACCUUCUGGAGAUCUCUAACGAGCGAGAGUCAAAUCCGAUGGAUCGGGCCUGAAAAAGGAGUAACUCACCUUGCCACUGCUGCCAUCAUAAACGCUCUGUGGGACCUGUGGGGUAAAUUGGUGAAGAAACCAGUAUGGCAACUGUUGGCAGAUUUGGAACCAGAGCAGCUGAUAUCCUGCAUUGACUUCAGGUACCUGUCGAAUGUCAUCACGAAAGAGGAGGCUUUGGAAUUAUUGAGGAAAGGAAGAGAGGGAAAAGAGGAGAGAGUGAACAAACUGUUGGAAAAGGGGUACCCAUGCUACACUACCCAAGCCGGAUGGUUGGGAUAUUCAAACGAAAAAAUCGCCCAACUUGCCAAGAAGUACAUGGAUGCGGGCUUCACAGCUUUCAAAGUUAAAGUAGGAAAGAACCUCUAUGAUGAUAUCAAGAGGUUGGAGUUCAUCAGAACAAUUAUUGGAUGGGAUCGAACUUUGAUGGUCGACGCCAACCAAGUAUGGGAG